AUGGAACACGAUCUAAAUAAAAAUAACAAUAUGAAUAUACAGGAUAAAUUAAACACUUUAGAUAACAAGGAAAAAGGAAGAUUAUUGGCGCAAAGAGGAUUAUUUAGCGCAGCUGAAAUAAGAAAUGAAGAUCUAUUUGGAAAAGGGAGGAGUGGAAGGCGUCCUACUUUAACCGAUAAACAUUGUAUCUUGCGUCUUCCUCAAGAUGUUGCCAAAUUAAUUUCUGAUAGAUUAUCAAGAAAAGAAAAUCCGGGUGUUACUAUCACUCCAGUUUCUAAAAAUGAUUAUCGUCAAUAUGAUAUUAGCAUAGAUGGAUACCAUAUACCUCUUACGGGUGUACUAGGUGAACUUCCAUGUUUAAUAGAAGCACAUAAGACUUUAGAUGGGGAUUUAUUGUUCAAAUCUGCAGAUAUAUCACAAUUAAUGAUCGCACUACCACAUGAUAUUGCACAGGAAACUUUGAAAGAUAUGAGAGAAAACAAAUUUUGGGAAUGGCCUGAUGGGCUUACACCUGGAACAAAAGAUAUUAGAACUAGGAAAUUUAAAAAUUUUGAAAUGUAUCGCAAGGAAGAUAUAAAGGAGGCUGAACAGCAUGUAACAAAGCUUCUGAACUCCAAUAUAAGGGACACAUACCACUAUGAAGUUAAAAGCAAUCAACAAGUGUCAUCUUUGGUAAAGGCUUGGAAAGAAGGGCAAAUUAAUGAACGAGUUGUUGGCCCAGAUGAAAACAUUGGAAACUUUUUAAAGGAAUUGGAGGAACGGGCUGAAAAUGAUGGCUACCUUUCUGAUGUUUCUGAGAUAAUUUUAAGCGGCUUGGAUGCGGGCCAAUUAAAACAGAGACGACAGGAAUGGCAAAGAAGAGUUCAAAUAGAACGAGGGAUGGGUGAGGCUGCAAAAUUGUAG